CUUUGUACAAGUCGAUUAACCAUCCAUCUUCCAUUUGCCUUCACUAAAUUAGAAUUUAACCUGUACUUUUCUUUUAUUAAUAACUCACUACCAAGAUAUAUCCCUCUAUUCUCCGAUCCACUUCUGCUGGAUUCAACAGUCGAUUCAAUAAGUCCGAACCUGCAAAAUGGCUCAUGGCUACGUCGAGAGUCUUGUUCCAUCUGUGGUGAUCUCUUCAUCCCUGCCCUCAUCGUUUGAAUGCUAGCUACCUUGCGGGUGCCUUGAAGACCAUGGAACACACCGGCACCUUCACCCGGUCUUACGACGAAUCCCUGAUUCGCGAACUACCCCAGCUUCAGAGUCUCCGCAUUGCUCCUCUCCGUCAGCCUGUUUCGCGCUUGCUGAGCGUGCCUUCGCCGCUGGAGCCAAAUGCCAGUCGGGUUCGCGAAGCCACUGCUGCUCCCACCCCCAAUAGCUCCGCGGGCAUUCUUCCGGACCCGCGGAGUAAUGAUCCUGUCACAGGAGCCCCCGGGGAGCGUGUGCAGGGACCACGGCCGCCGAAGAAGACCGAUACCUUCGUGGAUUCGCACCUGAGCCUCGAGCCACCGCCGCCCAAGCCCAUCCUCCCCGCCUUUGUCAAUCUCCGUGCUCUAGAACGAACCCCCCAUCCCUCCUUCGACGAUGAGAGUCCUCAUGCCCGCAAGCGGCGCCGGGUCGGGGUGCAGGCCGAGACCUUCGCUGAGCAUCUGCAACUGCCCAUCCCGCAGGCUCAGAAGGAGCAACGCCCACCCCCGUUUGGGCCCUUUGCGAUCUUGAAUGGAUUGAACGAACCGCCUCCCAAUGCCGCUCUGCUGCCGCCCAUUGAGGCCGGCUCGAGUCUCACGCAGCUGCUGACUAAACCUUCCCGAGACAGCUCGGUCGUGGAGCCGGCUUCGCUGACCACCUCCUUCAGCGAUGCUCCGACAGGCGAGAGACGAGAAGGUAGGAUCGAGGACCUCCUAGCAUCCCCGAUUGCGACGAAGGCGGCUGAGAGCGACCGGGGCGGCGCCGUUGACAUUAGACCUCUGGACGACCCGGUCCCCGCGGAUCGAACGGCAUGUGACAAAACCGAUGAAGGCGUAACGGACAAGAAGUCACCUGCUACCGAUGAAAGCCAAGAACCACUGUCUCCCAAGACCCGGGGCCGUUCUCGUAAGAAUCUUCGCAAAUGGACGGAGGAGGAGACCACCGCGCUGUUACGCGGGGUGGUUAAGUGCGGCAUCGGCAACUGGACGGCCAUCCUGGCGCAGCCGGAAUUGAAAUUCAACAAGCGCAGCGCUUCAAACCUGAAAGAUAGGUUCCGCGUGUGUUGCCCUUGGGCUUACCGGGCUGCGGAUCCGAAUGAAGCUACGCGGCAACUACACGACACGCUUGCCAACGCCCUCUCGCGGGCCGAGACGGAAGGCUCCGAUGGCACAGCUGGGAAGAUUCACUUGCCCCAUCCUCGACCCGCCAACGCGGAGCCGCCUUCCGCAAGUAACAGCAUGACGGUGGACUUGAAUGAGCCGCCCUCUGGCAGCAGUGGCAGCAGCAGUAGCUCGAACAUCAAGGAGACAUCUCAGAAGGCGGCCAAUACCAAGCCGGCUUCCAUGUCAAAGGCAACGCCCACGCUAACCAGCAAGUCCAAAUCCACUUUGGAGUCUCUGGGCAUCCCGGAGCCCCAUUUCGCCAUGAAGUCCCGGCGUCGUUCACGACGGGUGUUCACCGAUGCCGAGGACGAAGCACUACUCAAAGGGUAUGCGGUGCAUGGCUUUCAAUGGACACUGAUUCAGCAGGAUACACGGCUGAACCUGGGCCAUCGCCGAGCCACAGAUCUGCGCGAUCGCUUCCGGACCAAAUUCCCUUACGCCUAUCGGGACGGGGGCUCUGUGAGUGGUCGAAACCUCCACGACCACGGGACGGAGACCUCGGAUGCCAGAGUUGACAAGGACGGUGCGAUGUCCGGCAGUAAGCCGGGAGCACAACCGUCCAAGCCCCAGAUCACACGAUCCAAACCCCCAGGCCAAUCCACGCUAGGGCCUAUCGACCCUGCUCUCUCUCCGCCUGCCCCACCCCAAGGUCUCUUCGAAAGUUCAUCCAAUGCAGUCGCUGCAGCCGCGCCUGCACCCGGAGCAGUAUUCCCUUUCCCGCUGGAUGAGAAUCUAGGGUCCGGUGACAAUCCCAUGUGGACAGACAAUACAUUGGCGCCGAUGGUCUGGGAUGAGAUCGGAUAGCGUAUCCUGCAUGGUUGGCCGUUUCACUUCUCUUGUAGAUUCCGGGAUUUCACCUACAUCACUAGUGACUUAUGCUUUUUGCGACUGUUCUUCUUCAUUCUGGGUCAAUCAGAUGGUGAUCGCAUGGACCAAAAUCAAUCCAGAAACCGGUUCCAGUCCGUGUGUAUGCUCCAGGAUAUGAAGCAAAUGUAUGUGUAUGGUAGGGUUCUGUCUAGUGCACCGCCUCACUUUCAAUCAGGAAUACU